GUGCUGAGGCGCUGAAAGUACGUAUUUACGUCAACAAUGAAAGCCAGGACUGAGACGAGAGGAGGCAGUUUUCAGAUAGAGCUGCUAACAAAAAGUUCUUGAGAAGUUCCACUUAUAGGACAAGCCAGAUAGAAAGAGAGCCAGAAGGAGGAGGAGAGAGACAGAGAGAGAUAUAGAGGACGACAUUACAUAAUAAAUCGGUAACAUUCGACCGGCACUGACUGACACUUAUGCUAACUUAUUAUUAGGGUCGAAUCGAUUUAUACUGUAUAUAAGUUUAACUUAAAGUUAGUCUAAAUACUUUAAUACACAUCCAAAUGCAAAUGGUGUUAUUAGUUGUGUGAUAUUUGUUUGUUUGAAUGACAAACAAGUGUAGAAUUAUGAGACCUCCGCGGCUAGUCGUUCUUUUGGCGCGAAUUAUGUUGACAGGAACGCGCGUGUGUAUAUUGUGAAUUUUCGCCUCAGAUUAUUAUUCCCUGAUGUUUCCUGACACUGGAAAUCAGGAGUGACUUGUACAUCACACAUAGAGAGCUCUGCAUUGCAAGUCCUCAGUUAAAGCUAUGACUUCAGCCACGCCCCCUUCCUCCCGUAGCUCCUCCCCCCAGAAAGUCUGCCAUUCCCAGACACAGACAGAUGUCCUGAAGCCCCUCCUUGGUGGCGGAGGGGGCGGAACUUCCACAGGAAACGGCCCUGCAGCUCUGAGACGCCGGCGACGGGUUCUGUCCAAAGAUGGGCGGAGCAACGUUCGAAUCGAACACGUAAGCGGCCGCGGGACACUUUACCUGCGGGACCUCUGGACCACCUUCCUGGACAUGCAGUGGCGCUACAAGCUCUUCCUGUUUUCGGCCACCUUUGCUGGCACCUGGUUUGUCUUUGGGGUCCUGUGGUACUUGGUGGCCCUCGUGCAUGGAGAUUUACUAGAGUUUGAUCCUCCAUCCAACCAUACGCCGUGUGUCAUGCAGGUUCAGACUCUCACCGGAGCGUUUCUUUUCUCUCUGGAAUCGCAAACUACGAUUGGCUACGGCUUUCGCUGCAUUACUGAGGAAUGUCCACUCGCCAUCAUCCUGCUGAUAGUUCAGCUCGUCAUCACAAUGGUGAUGGAGAUCUUCAUCACGGGAACCUUCCUCGCCAAGGUAGCUCGGCCGAAGAAGCGUGGCGAGACGGUGAAGUUUAGUCAGCAUGCUGUGGUAGCCAAUCAUGAGGGUCGACCCUGUCUCAUGAUUAGAGUGGCCAACAUGCGCAAGAGCCUGCUUCUGGGCUGCCAGGUAUCAGGUAAGCUACUGCAGACGUCGCAGACUAAAGAGGGGGAGACGGUGCGUCUGGACCAGAGGAAUGUAGCCUUCCAAGUGGACACAUCUAGUGACAGUCCCUUUCUCAUCCUACCCCUCACUUUCUACCAUGUGAUAGACGACAACAGCCCACUGAGGGCAUGGGCCGCCAAAGGUGGCGGGUGGACGGAUCCUGAACUGGCUGACUUUGAGCUGCUGGUGAUCAUGAGUGCUACAGUUGAACCGACCUCGGCCACAUGUCAGGUGCGCACCUCAUACCUGCCGGACGAGAUCCUGUGGGGCUACGAGUUUCCACCCGUCGUCUCUCUCUCACCCUCUGGAAAGUACGUCGCCGAUUUCGCUUUCUUCGACAAGGUUGCCAAGACCAAGACUCCGCCCCUUUUCAAACAAGCCCCUCCCUCCCAUACACAAACACCACAGCAUCAAGGCAGCGGAGAAAAAGGGGCAGAUACUGAGAAGAUGCGAUUGGAGGAGAGCUACCGGGAGGAAAGGGGGCGGGACAGAGGCCGUGUCCGAGAUCAGCUUAGCGUACGCAUCAGUAACGUGUAGAGAAAUAAAUAACCUGGGGCUCUGAUGGAGAUAAAUUGCUUGAGUCGAUUCAGCGUUAGCCAACUUUUUUUCUUUUUUGAUGCCACUGAGCUUACCUGUGUUACGAGGUAGCGUGCCAGCAGAGUUGGCUAGCGCUGAAAUACACUGGCGAACAGGCAUGAAAUGGAGAAGAGGAAGAGAUAGAGCGGCUGUGUUCGGAUUAGUGCACUAGCUUACUUUCCUUGAUGUUUCUGCAGUAUGUGGUGCGUGCGUGUGUGUACCUGUGCAGGUUUUGGGUGAACAAGACGCACAGAUAAUCAGAUAUAGCAAAAUAGUCAGAAAAAUAUGCCUUUACCUACAUUUUUUUCCUGCUAACACUAAAAUAAAACAUACAUAUGGCAAAAUAAAAAUGAAACAUAUACAGAGAUGCCUUGAAAAUUAAGAGUUUCUGUGGAUUUAUGAUUUAAGGUUUUGUGCUUGAGUAAAACAUUAUGCUGAAUACUACUGAUGACAAUACUUUGGCCGACAUUACCACAUUUUCUGAUUUAAAAAAAGACACAUUUUCAGACAUGUUUACAUCCAUUCCGAAGUAAAACAGUAGCAAUUUUUCAGAAGAUUUCAAAAAAUACAAUAUGUAGUGAAAUUACCUUGACCUUAACCUUUUAAAUCACUGCAAAUAAAAACUUCCGCUUUUCUGACCAACUAUCAUUUUCCAAAAGUGUAACAAAUAAAUUAAAAAAUAAUCUGAAAUAUGCUAGAAAUGAUGGCGACGCAGUGGCGCAGUAGGUAGUGCUGUCGCCUCACAGCAAGAAGGUCGCAGUGUCGCAGGUUUGAGUCUCGGUCUGGUCAGUUGGUGUUUCUGUGUGGAGUUUGCAUGUUCUGCUGUGUAAAAAUAUGAUGGAUUAGUUGGCAGUUCAUUCUGCUGUGGCGACCCCGGAUUAAUAAAGGGACUAAGCUGACAAGAAAUUAAAAGAAUGAAUGCUAGAAAUGAUAUCAGACCUUUAUAGAAUUGGACAAAUAUUAACAUUUUACUCAGAUCCAUAGUUAAUUAUUCCAGUGAAUCCAUAGAAACUUUCUAAGUUUCAAGUGUUUUAUAAUGGCUACACGGGGGCGAAAGAGGAGGUUUUCCAUUUUGGUGUCCACUUUUAAGUAAAAAUAUGUACAAAAGUAUUUUUAUAUAGAUGGAAGGCAUAUUUAAAGCAAGUGUGCAGUAAAUAUUCUUUGAUGUUACAAAUAAUUUUGUAAAAUAAAAGUCAAAAUAAGCCUCACAGCAAGAAGGUCACUGGUUCGAGGCUCGGCUGGAUCAGAGUUUGCAUGUUCUCCCUGUGUUGGCGUAAGUUUCCCGCCGGACGCUCCGGUCCCCCCCCCAAAGUCUAAACACAUGCGCUAUGCGUUAUAUGAAUUAGGUAAGCUAAAUUGUCCAUAGUGGAU